AUGGUCAAGGAAGAACUUUCCGAUUUUGAGAAGCAGCGUCUCGCCAAUAUCGCCGAACGCGAUGCGCUUCUCAAGAAGCUCAGCCUCGAUGCGCACUCGGCGGGCGUCUUCCCCUCGAAGAUGCCGAGAGGCACAACUGGGACUCCAUCAAAGCCCAAGAAGAAGCCUGCGCCUAAGGUGAAGAAGGAGGAGUCUCCGCUCCCCCGGCGCACAUCGUCGCGACUGAGGGGAAUAGCGGCGGAUAGCGAAGUUGCAAAGCGCAAGGCGGACGAGGAGUAUGAUCGCAGGCAAGAGGAGGAAAGGGCGAAGAGGGUCCGGAAAUCGGACUCUUUCUCCUUCAAUGACCUCUUUGUGUCAGGCCAAAAACUGUCCGGAGACGCCUUGAUCGGCGUGGAUGUGGUCACUAAGGGCGUCGCGGUACCGUACCAGCGAACAUUCGGCGAUGAGGACAUCAAGUCCACGGAUGACAAGGACUUGAAGGCGUUAAGGAAAGAAAUGAAUGGCUUGAGCUUGUGGGAAGCUUGGGAACCUAACCGCAUUAAAAUCACACCUGAGCGAAUCUACUCUAUGACAUUCCAUCCGUCUGAAGCGAAGCCCUUGAUUUUUGCUGGAGACAAAAUGGGUCACCUCGGGAUCCUCGACGCAUCUCAGGAGAAGCCAACAUCGGCCGUGAAGAAUGAAGACGAUGAAGACGACGACGACCCUGACCCAGUACUUGUUACACUCAAGCCGCACACCCGCACUAUCAGCUCAAUGACCGUUCACCCUUCGAAACCAACUCAUCUUUACACUGCAAGCUACGACAGUUCUAUCCGUGAGUUGGACCUCGAGAAGACCUCAUCGGUCGAGAAGUGGGCACCGGAGUCUACGUCAGAAGACGUUCCAAUUUCCGGCCUUGACAUGGCUGUCGGAGACAUGAACACAAUUUACUGGACGACCCUAGAUGGCGCAUUCGGCAGGUACGAUAUGCGCACCAAGCGCCAGGGCUCCGCCGCGACCUGGCAAUUAUCAGAGAAGAAAAUUGGUGGCUUCUCGCUUUACCAAACGCACCCGCACUACUUUGCAACUGCCAGUCUCGACCGCACCAUGCGCCUUUGGGAUAUCCGUAAACUAUCCCGAACCGAUCCCACGCCCAUCGGCGAACACCAGAGUCGCCUCUCAGUCUCGCAUGCUGCGUUCAACAGCGCCGGACAGAUUGCAACGUCUUCCUACGACGAUACGUUGAAAUUAUAUGAUUUCAGCUCCAAGGGCAUCUCCUCCUGGAAGCCAGGACACAGCCUUGAUGACUCGGAGAUGAAGCCCGACACCGUUGUACGACAUAACUGCCAAACUGGUCGAUGGGUCACUAUUCUACGCCCCCAAUGGCAACUCAAUCCACAAUCAGCCAUCCAGCGCUUCUGCAUCGGAAACAUGAACCGCUUCGUGGACAUCUACAGUGGCUCUGGCGAUCAGCUCGCCCAACUGGGAGGCGAUGGUAUCACUGCCGUACCUGCGGUGGCCGUUUUCCAUAGAAGUAAGAACUGGGUUGCUGGUGGGACGGCGAGUGGAAAAAUUUGCUUGUGGAUGUAG